CUUUAAGAAUGACAUCUCAAAUGUAUUUAUUUAUUUGAUAUCUAUUAGAGUGUUUAAAGAGAAGGAUUACGAAUUUAUUUAUAAAACUAGAGCUAUUUAAUUAUAAUAAACUACAGACAAUCCAUUGAGAUUAGAUAGACCAAAAGUCACAAUAUAAAGAGGAAGAAAAGCAAAUGUGUAAAUAAGAACAAAAGGAAAUUUCGUUGAUCCUUUAUCUAGAGCAACUAAUUAAAAAACUUAAACAAAUCCAUUAAGCAGACCACAAACUGUAGAUCCAUUAGCUAGACCUUCUGUUUAACCAACAUAAAAAAUAGAAUAGUCAUAAACUUAGGCCUAGGCUAAAAGUGUUGAACCAAAUAAGCUAUAACAAUAAUAAUAAUAAGAAGGAAAACUUGAAAUUGAUGCAGAAGAGAAAUAAUUAAAAGCUACAGGAGAAUUUUCAAUCUAUUGGUAAGAAAUAAGGGAAGACUUUUAAAACAUAUUUCAAAUUAAAACAUAUGAUUUAGAUCAACCAGUACCAAAUGUAUGAAAAAAUUAUAUCCUAGCCUUUUGGAUCCAAUGUUCAAUCUAUGAAUUAAUUUGAUGGAUAAGCAAAAACAGCAUAUAGUGGAGAUAGUAAAAUUGAAUAUUAGACACAGGCUCCAAAGUAAGGGACAUCUAAAAUGAUUUUAUAAAAAACAUAUAUUCAAAAAGUCUUAGAUAUUAGAAGAGAUUUAAAGAGAUAAUGGAUUAAUGGAGAUAAAGUAGCAUCAUUAUAAUUAGCAAUAUAAUCAUGCAAAUUAUUAAUUGAUAAUGAUAAGCCUCUCUUUGCUCCUAUAAAAUAUGUUUAUAUAAUUGAUAUUUUGGAAACAUUUGGUAAAUAUGUAAUUGAGAGAUUACUAAAAUUAAGUUAUCCACAAUAUACAGAUCAAAAAAUAGCUGAAAUUAGUUUAUAAAGUGUAGUAGGAUCAAAUAUCUCUGAAACAGCAUCAGAAAUAGGAAGAAAUUGGAUAAAUAAGAUAGGAUCUAUAAGAGAAUUGUUACCUAGAUUAUAUAUAGAAGCUACUCUAUUGAAAGUUUAUUAUUUUAUUGAUUAAAGUUAAAUAAAACCAAUAUUCAAUAGACUUAUUAAAUAAGUUAGAGCAAUUGGUGAUUAUAUUAAUGUAUAAAUUGAAUUUAUUAAUAUUAGGCUUUGUACUUUGCACUUUAUUUAUUUAGAAUAGGAGCAGAAUUAUUUUCAGGAGAGAAAGAUUAUCUUAUAUCAACAUUAAAAGAUUUCUUUAUAUAUAUGAAUUAAAAAAAUAAAUUUGGAAAAUUAGAUAUAUAGGGAGAUUAAUAUUUAAGAUUAUUUGAACCAUAUUUAAUAUAAACAUUUAGAUAAUAUUCAUAAAAUUGUACAGAAGUAUCAUAUUUAAUUAAAUAUAAUUAUAGAGAGAAUUUAAAGAUAUUUUUGAACAUUUUAGAUAGAGUACAUAAAAUCAUUUUGUUUUAAAAAAGAUGAUUGAAUAAUUUUAAGCUGUUCAUAUUAGUACAUUAGCAUUAGAGUUAUUUUCAAUAAUGUAAGCUUAUCCAGUAGAUAAUAAAUAUUAAUUAUAUGCUUGUUUUUUACCUAAAAUAGCUAAGGGAUUAACUAAUGUAGCUGCUGGUUCUGAGAUAUGUGAAUAUGUUUUAUAAGACAUUUUAUAAAUAAAGUCAUUUCCAUUAUUUUUAGAGAUAUUGGCAUCAUUAAUUGAAUUGAUUUUUAGAUCUUUUUAGGGAUAUUAGAAAAAUUAAUUUUUUUUCUUGAUUUUAUAAAGAUUUAAUGAUUUAUUUAGUAUGGUUGAAAAGGAUUAAGUAAAUACAAAUUAAAGUAAAGAAACAUUUAUAAAAUUACAUUAAUUUAUUAUUAAAAUAUUUUAAGACUCUUAAGAUAUAUCAGAAAUACUUUAAAUUGAUACAUUUAUUACUUGUAUUUAAUUUUUCCCAGAAGAUAUGAAGAAAUUAGUUUGUAAUGAUUUGCUAUCAAUGAUUAUUAAUAGGGAUUAGAAGGAAAAAAUAUCUGAUCCUAUGGCUGUACAUUCAAUCGUUAAAUUGACAGCUAAUUUAAAUAAUAAGAAAUCUAUUACUAAGGAUGAAUAAAAAAGUUUGGCAAAAAUAAUUAAUUUAUUAUUAUAAAAGAUUGAUUUUGGUAAAGAUUUAGAAUAAACAUUGAAUUUGUAUGCUGAAAUGAGAGCUUAAUUUGGAAAUAUAAGUGGUCUAUCUGAAAUUUUAAUAGAUAGAGCUUUAGAUUUAAUUUUUAAAGGUAAAAGAUUAUCUAAAGGAAAAAAUCAAAAAAAAAUAAUUUCAUUUUAUUAAGCUUGUAUUGCUUAUAGUUUUAUAACUAUUCCUACAAUAGAUAAUCCAAUAUCAAAAUUAAGAAAAUAUAUUUAAGUGGCUUAAGUAGGAUUAUCAUUAAAUUUAUUAUCUUAAAGUGAAGCGGUAGUUAAAACAACAAUUGAAACAUUACUUGAAUUACCUGAAACUCAUAAUGGUCGUCCCAUAGAUGAAGUUGUUACUCCAUAUAUAUUGGAUUUGAUUUCUUUUAUUAUUAUAGUUCCUGAUGACCCUUCUGCAGGUUACUUAAAUAUUUUUUAAGGUUUAUUAAAGGCAUUUGAAUAAUUGAAAUGGAAUCCAAAAAAUGGAGGAAUUUAUUCAAUUGUAAUAUAUGUUAAUUGUAUACAAUACUUAUGUGCAUAAGUUUAAGAAAGAUUGCCUUAUCAUUUUGAAAAUGUGAAAUCAAAUGAUGCAUUAUUUAAUAAGGAUUCUUAAUUUAGUUUAACUAUAUUAGAAUUAGUAUAAUAAUUGUAUACAAAAUUAGGAGAAUAAGCAGCAGCAAUUAUAAAACUAAAUAUUACAGAUUCAAUUGUAAUUAUAUAUUUUUAUAUUUAAAAAGGAAAAUGGUUUGAUUGUAAAACAAAUGUUAAGUUGUUUGAAUAGAUUAUUAUUAUUAUUGAAAUUUAAUAAGGAAGCAGAAACAACAUUUUCCAUUUUUGUUGAUUUAAUUUAUAAAAAGAUAAACGAAUUGAAUAGGGAUAGAACUGGAAAAGUACAAUUAACACUAUUAAAAGCAUAUUUCUUGUAAACUUUUAAUAACAUUGAAAAGUCUACAACAGUAAUUAUAUUUAUUAAUUAAUAAUUUAGUUUAAUUUUGAUGAGAAAAAGAAUUAAAUGAUUAAUAUUUUAGAAGCAGCAAAAAAUUGA